UUAAAUGCAUGAAGAAUGGAUUUCUCGAAGUUCCUGGACGACAAUUUUGAUGUCAAGGACUGGGUGAAUGGGGCUUUUAAGACUGUUCAGGAGGAAGAACCCGGAAAGGUAGACAGUCAUGCUGCCACACUGGUAAUGAAACUGCAGUUGUUCAUUCAGGAGGUGAACAAUGCCAUUGAAGAGACUAGUCACCAAGCGCUACAGAACAUGCCUAGGGCACUCCGGGAUGUGGAAGCUCUGAAACAAGAAGCUUCCUUUCUGAAGGAGCAAAUGAUCCUUGUCAAAGAAGAUAUUCGGAAAUUUGAACAGGACACGGCACAAUCCAUGCAGGUAUUGGUCGAACUCGAUGAAGUGAAGUCCAGAAUGCAAGCAGCAUCUGAGGCAUUGCAGGAGGCCGACAAGUGGAGCACAAUCAGUGCUGACAUUGAAGAAACACUGAAAUCUCAGGACAUUGAGACUAUCUCGGCCAAACUCACAAGCAUGCAGAACAGUUUGGCUAUGCUGGUCGACACACCAGAUUAUUCAGAGAAAUGCGUUCACCUCGAGGCACUAAAGAAUCGAUUGGAAGCCAUGGCAAGCACACAAAUUGUAGCUGCAUUCAACUCUCAGUCUGUUGAUCAGGCCCGACUUUUUGUGAAAGUGUUUGUGGCAGUGGACCGAAUGCCCCAGCUCCUGACAUACUACUAUAAGUGCCACAAGAGUCAGUUGGUCUCUGUGUGGCAGGAACUAUGUCAGAGUGAUCUCAGUUUGAAUCACCAACUAACAGAAUUCUAUGAUACUCUUCUGGCAACAUGGCACUCCCAGCUACAGUGGACUAGUCAGGUCUUCAGGAACCCCUGUGAGAUUGUUACCGUGCUGCAGAUCCAAACCCUGGGAGCUAUCGUUCCAUCAAUCCCUGUCUGCCUCAGCACAGCAAUAGAGAGAGCAAGCCAGGAGGACAAACUUAGCAUGCUGCUGGAUCUCCAUGACAGUACUGUUCACUUUGCUAAGAGCCUGGAGGCAGCAAUGCUUCCACACCUAGGGAAAACCAAUGUUGUUCAAUCCCACAAAUUAAUUUUUUUAAAACACAGUCCUUCUUCAAUGGAAUUUGUGUUCAUCUGUCCUUCAGUAAAACUUUUAUAUAUUUGUCUUACUUUGUUAACAAAUUUUUCUGGCUCUUCUCUUCAGGAGUGUGGAGAGCUGAUUGACUGUGUUCAGGAGCUUAAUCAGUCGGUGAAUAAACUCUUCAGCCUGGCCAGUGGGGCAGUGGACAGAUGUGUGAAAUUAACGGAUGGACUUGCAGCUUGUGGCCUACUCAAAGCACUGAAAGCUCUCUUCUCGAAAUACGUAUCUAACUUCGCCAGCACUUUGCAGUCCAUUCGCAAGAAAUGCAAACUGGAAGAAAUUUCCAAUGGAUCCUUGUUCCAGGAAGACUGGUCUGCAUUCCAAAAUUCCGUCAGAAUUAUCGCAACCUGCGGUGAAUUAUUGCGGCAGUGUGGAGACUACGAGCAGCAGCUGUCCAACAGGAUAUUAUCUACUGCAGGGAAGUAUUUGUCUGAGUCAUACAGUCCACACAGUCUGGCUGGUAUACAAGAAACAAGCUUCCCCGACAAAAAAACCUCCAUCAAAAAUCCAUGGCAGGAAUAUAAUUAUUUACUGAAGGCAAAUCCGAGUGAAUACGCCAGUCUGAUGGAAAUGCUUUAUAUGCUGAAGGAAAAGGGAACGGGGAACAAUAACCUGUUGUCAGAAGCUCGUGCAGCACUGACCCGGCUCAACCAGCAGGCACAUCAGCUCGCCUUUGACUCUGUGUUCCUCCGGAUCAAGCAGCAGCUUGCCCAGGUGCCAAGGAUGGAGACCUGGAACACAGGAACCAUGGGAGAGACAUUAACUGAAGAUCUCCCAACAUUUAGCCUUGCUCCUCUUGAAUACAUCAGCAAUAUUGGCCAGUACAUCAUGUCCUUGCCUCUGCACCUGGAGCCCUUUGUAACACAGGAGGAUCCAGCACUGGAGCUAGCACUGCAUUCCGGGAAACUUCCAUACCCUCCAGAGCAAGGGGAUGAGUUACCAGAGUUGGACAACAUGGCUGAUUAUUGGCUGGGCUCCAUUGCCAGGGCAACAAUGCAUACUUACUGUGAAUCCAUUCUACAGAUCCCAGAGCUUACACCACAUGCAACCAAACAACUUGCCACAGAUAUUGAUUAUCUGAGCAACGUCAUGGAUGCUCUUGGCUUACAGCCAUCCCGCACUCUGCAACACACUGUGACUACCCUGAAAGUAAAGCCCGAAGACUUUAGGCAAGCAGCGAAGGGCCUCCCCCGGAGACUGACCAGUGCAAUCGCAACCAUGAGGAAUAUCCAUUACUGACCAAUCUUCCUGUUCGCAAAACCAGAUCUGUUUCUGAUGGUUGAAGGCUGCCUUAAUUCUGAUUGGCUCUUGAACCGGUAGCUGAGUGUGUUCCAUUUUCCUGUUAAGAGCAAUAACUUCAUGCUUAGGAUGUGCUGUUUUAGAAUAAUUUAAGUAAGGAUCUUCUGCUGGAUUUAGGCUCAGAAUGUAUGUCCCGGGUUUGGGCCUGACUUAAGGUAAAUAAACUGAGGUUGGUGAUUUGAAUGCUGCAAGUAGCUCAGUAACAAUGUGUUAGUGAGUGAGAAAUUAACUGAGCCCCUACCCCACCACUUUGGUUACUUUCCAGAAUCCUCCUCCCCAAGAAACCAUAGCUACCUGCCCCAAUCCUGGGAGAAUGGGAUCAGGACCGACUUGGUGGUCUGCUGAUGCUCUCCUUUCAGCCCUCGUAAUUAUAAAUGAUCUGUUGACGUGCCCCCAGCACCACACCGACAUUCUCCUGGAACAGAUGCAGGACGAUGGGAAAUACCUGGAUAUUGAAUGUAUGUUCUGGAGAGGAGGGUAUUUUGGUAAUUGAGUAUGGCAUCAUGUUAAGAUGCUGCCUUAAACACGAGUGCUGCCUCCUCCCAGCCUGAUUCAGCCUGAGUCACCUUACUUAUUAAGAAUUGCCUCAGAGCAGAGACAAACAAAGAAAUUACAGAGGUCCAUGUCAUGGUCCACUGCCUUCCCAUCUAGGCUGGUUACUUGGCUGUUUUCACCAGGCAGUACAGGAAGAUUCCACACCCUCCAUGCAGCAGCACGCCCAUAUGGCUGUGUGGGGAGUUACAUACAACGUUCAAGUGUGAGUCAAAAUUGUUCAUGGUUGAUGUUUGUGAUCAUAAAGGGGUGGAAGCCCUGCGUUUUAUUUUAACAUUUUAUGUUCGCAUCAAGAAGGUGAAUGUCAUUUGAUGAAAUGGAUGGUAUAGGGUUGUAUUGGUAUAAUAGGUUGGUAUAAUGGACCAUUGGUUUCAAUGGUUCCUUCAACUUCUGGCAUAAAGUAUAAGAGAGCUUGUUUGUCAGUUGUCAUUACUCAUUUGUAAUCCGUGAGUGCAUGCCUGGCUCUUGUACCCACACACUUUCUUGCAUACUCUCUCACUUAAUUCCAUCUUCCUUGCUCCCUUGUUUGCUCACUGACUGUCUCCUCCCUCACUUAUUCACAUUAACAACAAAAUUGCUUUGCCUCCCUAACUCACAUUCAUUCCCACUCUUUGCCUCUCCCUCAUACAAGCUUUGUUUCCUUUAAUCCCAGCUGUUAGAGAAUGGCACCUGAGAUAAGGCUGCAUCAUUUUACAGUAUUCUUACAUUCUUUUCACCUCUUGGCCUAUAUCUGUUCUGAGAGUGCUAGGACAGUGUAGAAAGACCUGUUGUUAGAUAGUCAUUGCAAGAAAUGAAGGCUGUACCUCUGUUUUGUACUUUUUAUUUAACCUUCACCAGAUUUUUGUUCCCACCUGUCAUAAAGUGUUGCCUGUUUACUGGUAUAAAUGCCUGGUGGGUUCCAGUCUUUGGUCUGUUGCCUGAUUCUGGACAGUCUAUGGCAAAAGCCUGUGCAGCUGUUCCCAAACAACAUCCACAUGUGGAUGUUCUACAGAGGAUGCUGGAAAGAGGUCAGGACCUGGAAGCUAGUUGAUCCUCUGUCCAUCCGUAGUUAACUGUUUGUAUGUGGUGAUGACCAUGUAAGCUGCUGCUCAUUGAGCAACACAGGAAAUAUUCUCACUCUCAGUAACUGAAUAAUGAAUAGCUUUUUCCUCAAUAAUUCAUUUCUCUGUUAACCUGCAGAGAAUAAUGCUGCAGAAAAUUAUGUGGUUUGGCCUAUUGCACAAGAUCCAAGAAAUAGAGAUUUCUAAUUAUUUCCACUCCCCUGCUCUUACCCAUAGCCUUGAAAAUAUUUCCCUCUUAUGCAUUGGAUUAAUUCCUCUUUUAAAUGUUAACAACAUUUCUGCUCUCACUGUCCUUACAGGCUAUGCAUUCCAGAUCAUACUCACACUGUACAAAACAAUACUCAUCUCCCUCAGGUUCCUUGGCCAGUUAUCUUAUUCUUAAAUCUGUUUCCUCUAGUAACUAACCCUUCUGUCAGUAGAGCCAAUUGUAAAUACAUUAGAUAGCCUACUCACCUUCAAAUCCAGCCUGGCUGCAAACAGUUCUUCAGAGCCUUGCAGGCAGGGUUUUUGUCAAAAUGACUCUUUGAGUGACUGAUAAGCAAUCAUAGAUAAUAGACUGGGUGGGCCUCUAUACACAUUAUAAUUACACCUUUCCUCCUCUUGCAUGGCCCCACUGUCAGUUCACAGACACAGAACCAUCACACUGGCCAGGUAGAUCCUGGUCACAUCUGUACUCUGUCUACUUCAGUGCAGUUCACUUAUUUAAGUGUUUGUUUAUGAUAGUUUUCCUUCUGCCUCUGCUUGAAGGCAGGGAGGACAAAUUUUCAUUUUUUUUAAAGUAAUCAUCUCCUUCAGGUUGAACAACAGCAAAAGAGAAACUUGGAAAUGGAAAGACAGACAAAUACUUUGCCUUAACAGUCAGAAGAGUUUCAACUAUCCAACAUAACUUCAUUUACCUAGCUAGUGCCACCAUAGUAACAAUGGGCUAAAUUAGUACCCCCUGCACAGCAAAUCCCAUGAUUACUCUGAAUUUAUUCUCAGGAUGUGAUGUCUCUCUAACAAGGCCAGCAUUUCUUGCCCAUUUUGAGAGGGUGAUUCGAUGUAACUAAGACAUCUUUUUCCUCUGUUUUGAACCCAUGUGGUACCUGGCCUGUGGUGUGUUAAGUGGGAGAAAAGUAUAAGGGAAGUUGUACUCGAAUCUAAAUUGGACUUAAUUUUGAAAGUUUGCUGGUUUUGUACGCUGCACAUGACAAUUGCCCUAUUUCCCAGCAGCAAUUAAGUUCAUUUUUUAAAGACUGAAUGAAAGACAAAUAAUUUUAUUCUGCCUGAGAGUGUGGUAAAAGCAGUUUUGAUCAAUGCAUUCAAAAGGAAGUUGGACUAUCAUUAUAAAAGAAACGGAAUGCAGGGUUAUGAAGUGAAGACUGAAGAAUGGUGGUAAGUGAAAUGCUUAUUUGGAGAGCUGUUGCAGACAAGAUGGGUUGAAUGGCACUGUCUAGUAAUUUUGUAUUUGAGUUUUCAGGAUUUGAGUUGAUGUUAUCUGCUCCCAGGCCUUUGCUCCAAACAAACUCUUGUCAUUACUUCUUUCUGCCCUGUUCCAGAUCAGAAGCAUUCACAAUCAUUGUUCUGUUGCAGUGUCAUGGCAUUCUGUAGUUUUUCCAUAAAUAUCAAGAAACAAAGCCAUUAAAUUAUUAAUCAAGGUCUUGUUUCCAUUCUUGGAAAGUGGGACAGGCAACUGAUAGACUAGGGAUCUGCUGGAAGUUAUGUCCUAUUCCCAGCCUUAUAAGUGACUCUUCUUUAAGUUGCCAUUUUACUCUUUAUUUACUGAGUCUGCAUAUGCUUGAUGAAGAGCAGAUGCUAUCUGCUAUCUAUUACUUUGCUGAUGCAUCUAUGAUAUACUGACCUAGAUUCUGUUGGUAAGCCCAGUAGCCCUUCUUCUGAUAUUCCCCUUCUUCCUACAAAUGUGCGCACAUGCAUGCACAUUUACACAGCAUGAGUAGCCGCUUAAUGGCCAUCAACUGAUUUCCCUUCUCAUUCAUAGGUAUCUUAAAGCUGCUUAUAGCAUCUCUCAACCUGACUGUGAUCAGCUAACUCAGCCCAGAGCAUGGACUGUUCCUUUACUGCCUGAAAGAUUAUUAAACCUGUUAUAAUUUCA